AGAAAAUUAUUCUCGUGUUUUCAUCGCUUUUAUUUUCCAUGUUUUUUUUUGUUCUCGAUUAUUUUCUUCUUUCAUUCAUUCGUUUUCACCUUUUUCUCCAUUUACCUGUCGUAUUCCGGUCUAUCGUCUUUCCGGAUGUUCGAAUUGGAACAAAAGAUGAGAUUUCUAUCGUUAAAAUAACCUCCAUUUUGAAUCGUCAACAUCAUUGACUAAUUAUUGUUCAUUACCUGUUGAAAAAAUGGCCGUGAAAAAUACAAUUGAACUCAGUCAAUGACAAGAAAGAAAAUUGGAAAACAGCAAUAACAAUCAUCUCCUGAAAUAGCAACAUUAGAGAUUAUUAAUAUUUGAUUAUCUUUUGCCAAUAAAAACCUUCCUUAUUGGUGAGAGAGGAAGAGAAAUGGAGAUUACCUGAUUGAACAGAAUUUACAAAACAAUCAAUUCCAUCAAUAGUAAUCUCUGACCUUGUUUGACUAUUUCAAGUUCAACAUCAGGUUAUAAUUAUUUCCGUUGGUAAGGAAAAUCUCGUUGGGGCAAAUCAAAAGGAUAAAAAUUCAACAAUUAACCGGAUUAACCGAAAUGUAAACAGGAAAACCAAAUUUUCUGUAAAAUGUGUAAAAUCCAUGAUAAACCAGAAUUACGUUGGAAUAACUUAAUUGUAUCAAUGAGAAGUAAUCAUAAACUUCUAGUGAUUAAUCUAAUCAGUGUUCAUCAUCAGGGAAUUAAUUUAGAUAAACAUCAUUAGUGAUUUAAUUGAGAGAAACGAUAAUUGCUUUUCAUCAAUUUGAUUAUCGAAUCAUGUUAAUCAUCAUCUUGUUUAUGUAAUCGAUUCCAAAUCUAACUAACCUGUUUCACUUAAUUGUCAAUCAAAACUACAAUUAAUUUCUAGUGAAUAUUAUCACAAGGCUACUUAAUCAAUUACUAAUUGUUUUCUUUUUGCCAACUUUCAAUUGAUCGCCUUUAAAUCAAACCAAUUCAUUUGUCGAGCUAUAAAUCAAACUUUUUCCUCAAUCAAGAUGAGUCUUAAUUACAAGAGACUCAAUUAACCAUCAUCAUCAUCAUAACAUCCAAACUAAAUUAACUCAACACUUUCAAUCAAAUGAUUAACCUUUUCUCAUCUAAUCAGUCAAAAGUGAAUCGUAUCACAAACAAUUUGGGAAACAAGGUGAGGUUAAAGCUCUUGAAAUCGGUUAACAAAAAGUAAAGAUUAAAAGAUCAACAGGUAGAUGAGAUUAAAACUGGAAUCGGGAACAGAUUAGGAAAACAAUUAAAAUCGAAAUGGAAAAGAUAAAAAAAGGGUUAACAUGGCGGCGAGAGAGUGGUGACCCCAAAACCUUGACCUUGAAGCCAUUUAACUUUGUCCUCAAUCGAUUGGGCUCAUUGUUGGAGAUGAAGGUGAUGAAGAUGAAAAUGAAGAUGAAGAUGAAGAUGGAGAUAAGAUAAAGGCCUAAAAGUGAGUAAUCUAAAAAGGUAAACUGGUUUGAGAGAGAAAUGAGUCAUCUGGAGACACCAACGAAAUGAUUACACGAAAAGGAUUGGAAGAGAAUCAGUUGAUUGUAAUCAACUUCUACUUUACCUUUAGAAUCACAAUUAAGGCGGAGACUUGAAUAGUAACCAACCAACGAGAAGAUCAACAAUACAAGAAAAAGAGAGAAGAUGAAAAAUAUUAGUUAAAAGUAGAAAAGAAUAUCAAUAAAAUUGAACAUUUAUCAUCAAUUGUUUUCUUUUCUUCAAGUUUACCUGUUUGAUAGAAAUUUACAUUAUUAGUAUUGAUCAUAAUCUCUCUGUCUCAAUGUGACCUUAGAUCUAAAUAAAUUCAAGUGUAAAGUAAUUGUAACAAUCAGUUAAAUUGUUGAUUCGAUUGGAGUAAAGUCUUCAUCUUAAUCAUAACCUUAAUUUUCAUCUUCAACUGUUUUCAUUUGACAAUUUGGUUGAUACAUUUAGCCAACAACAAUUCAUCACCAUUUACAUUUAUUGUCAAAUCCAUCAACUGUGAACAACUGAUACUGUUAAAUUAACAAUCAACAGUCAACAAUUUACUGAACAACAAGUAACCAGUUUCAAAUUGUCUACUCUUCAUAUCUCACAAUCAACAAUCAACAAUCAACGUUUUCUCAAUCUUCGUAUUGAAACAUUGAAACUCUUACAAAAUGGUUCCAGUGUCAACUUUGUUCGUGGAGGAAAAUACAAGAAUCAAUUGUGUAAAAUUGAUCGAUAAAUUGUUUGGAAUCAAUCGAUCCAAAUGUCCAGGGAUUAAACAUGUAGUUCGAGUUAAUCUUCUCAUGGUGAUUCUGGUUCUCUUCUUCCUGUCCACUUGGGUCACUUUCUAUCUCGCCUCCGUCGGUCUCGGCCUAAUGGUUAUCACUUUAAUGUCGCUUCUUUAAUUUCAUCUACUUGAUUUUUUCUCCUUUUCUUUCUGUGUCAAAAUAUUCGAGAUGAUGAAGAGAAAAGAGAACAUCAGAAGGAGAAGAAGAUAAAAGAUGAUAAGGAUGAGGAAAACGAUGAUGAGUCGAAAGAGUCGCAUCUUUAGACGAAACGCCUUGACAUGAUGUAAAUAGCAAUUCGAAAGUAAUAUGAAUCCGUAUGCAGAACAUGCAAUGGAAAGAGAGAGAAAGAGAAGAUGAAAGACGAAAUCAUCUCCAUCUAUUCUCUUUCCUUUUCAUCUUUAUCUCUCUCAUCCUCAUCUUCUUCAUCAUCCUCAUCUAUUCAAAAUUAGAUCCAAAGGAAUGUCUUAUCCAGAGAGAGAAAGAGCAAAAACUCAAACAACUAAGAGUCACACGCAGUGUUAACUUCUCUUUCUUGUUGAUAAUUUUCUCUUUCUUUCUCUCUUAUGAAUGGAUCAUCAUCAUCAUCAUCAUCAUCAUCAUCAUCUUCGUCUUCAUCAUCAUCAUCCCAAUGAAUCUUUGCUCCACAAACUAAACCGUUAUUUGCAUUGAAAAUUUUUACAUUUGUAUAAACAACAAUAAGAUUACCAACUAACAUUUUCCUCUCAAUUCCAUGUGAUUGUGGUUCCUCAUUCAAAUGAUUACCUUUAAUUAACCAACCACAAUCACCUUAAAUUAUUAUUUUAAAUUGUUAUUCUUUCUCUACCUUAAUUGUUUUAUUUUUGAUAAUCAUGAUUAAAACUCUGGUUCCUCAAUAAUCUAAACCAAUUUGUUUACUAUUUUUAUUGUUCUGUUGUGUAAAAGUUUCCAUAGUUAAUUGUGUUCCAUUCAUCAGUUACCAUGGAUUAAUCGACAAUCAGCUAAUUGAGUAGAUUUAAGAAAGAGAAAGACAGAGAGAGGAGAUUAAAGGAUCAGAUUAACAGUUAGACACAAUUAACCAGAUGAAUUAACUAAUCAAUCAAUGGAUAAUUUAGUUCCAAUUUUAUUGUAUAUUCGUAAUUUUCGUGAAUAUCGACAUCGAGAUUGUCGAGAUGCAUCACCAAGAUUCUUGGUACGUGAAUCGUUACGACAACGAGCUCGUAACAGAUCAUCUGUAUCAACAACCUCAACUUCAUCACCUUCCUCAUCAUUGUCUUCUGCCACCCCAACAGCAUCAAAUUCAUCAUCAUUUGCAUCAUCAUCUUCAUCCUCAUCAACUGUUAAUCUCAUCUCUUUGGGAAGAUCACCUUCAUUUCGUUAUAAAAUGCAACAAGUUGGAGAAGAGAUUAAAGAAUUGGAAAAAGAAGUUUCUCCAGAAAUUGAUCGAUCCACAGCAAUUAAUCGUAUUGAUUCCACAUCAUUAGAUCAUCAUCACCAUCAUCAAUCGGAGGACCAGGAUUAUGGUGAUGAUGAUGAUGAAGAUGAAAAUGAAGAUUAUUCCAAGUUAAUUAACAUAGAAGACGAAGGAUUCCCUGAAAAUUUCCAGAAUCAGAUGGAUGAAGCUUCGAAUGAUAUUGAAGAGAGAUAUCGACGAGUUCUACUGGCCAACACCCUCUUGGACAACGAACGUCACACUUAUUCCUUCGAGGGGGAAAAUUUACGAGAAGAGUUUAACACAUUGGAAGAUGAUUAUUUACAUGGUCGUCGAUUACUUAGAGAAAAAACGAGGACUUAUGAUUUAUUGAAACGAGAUCAUGCUAAACUUAAGGAUUCCUGUGUCUUCAUGGAUCAUUGUAUUAACCAAAGAGAUGAUUUAUUCGAGAAAAACGGCCUCAGUUACCUACAAUUAAGGCCAUUCCGUUCAAUUUGUGAUAUAAAAACUAUUUCUCCUCAUGAUGAUAAAGAGGAUGGUGAUGAUACUGAGGAUGAAGUUGAUUCUGGAUACAAUAAACCGAUUCCAUCGAUGGUUUUAAUAAACGAUCCUUCCAAUCCAAUAGAUCAAUUUGUGAUCAACUUUUUUAACCAAUAUGACCAAUCUACAUUGGAGGAACAAUUAAAGAGUAUAAUUAGUGAAAGAAUGGAUUUAAAAAGAACAGCAGAAAGAUUAAGGGAAGAGGUUGAAGAGAAACGUAAAAAUAAUUCAAAUUUGGAGGAGAAAAUUUUUACCGAAUCAUAUCGAGUAUCUGAUGCUGAAGAAUUAGAAACCCAACAGGAAAACAUUCGACUAUUGAAAGAAUAUCGAGAUAAAUUAAGUAUCACUGGAGAAGAAAUCAAAAGAUUAAAAGAAAAAUUAACUUACCUUGAAAAGGAACUUGACCAAUUGAAAAGGAAUCACCAAAAUUCUGAGAAAUCGGAAGUUACAUUGAACAAGAAGAAACGUCAAUCAUUACGACAGCUUCGAGAAGUAGAAGCCAAAAUUGGCGAGCUUGAAGGUUUAAAUAACCUUUUAUAUAAGAAACUUGAUAAGAUUAAAAAGUCCAAAUAUGUUGUAAGCUGAUUCCAAAGUUAAGAUGGAUCAUCAUCUUGUUAAUCACCUUCGAAGGAGAAUCGUUUUGUUUUUUAAAAGCAUCUUAACACCAGUGGAUCUCAAACGGAUUUAGAGGGAGAAACAGAUAAUCAAGGAAACAAACAUACAAACAAAAAGUGACCAUAUUUUUACAGCAAUAGUUUGUUACCUUAAUUGAUAACAGCGAAAACAAAACCAUUAACUAGAGCAUCCGCCAGCCUCCCACCAUCACCACCACCACCAUCAUCAUCAAAGUUAUUACUUGCUACCAUCAUUAGCAUCACCAUUAUCAUCAUCAGGAGAUGAAACAAUAUCAUCAAUAUAAACAACAACAAGAACAACAACUACACAGUCAAUCUUUCAGAAAUUACAACAAUGAGGUUUGAUUUUCCCAUGAAUUUUGGUGUUCUCUCAGAGAACUUGAAUUCAGUUUGAUAGGCUUACAUGAGUAUUUUCCAAUGAUAAGCAAUCAACAAGAAAGAGAUAGAAUCUUUUACUUUUUCUUAUCUUCAUCGUAAAUCAAAACAAUUGUUAUUCUUGAUUGAGUGACAAAAUUACCCAUUACUUUUUGAUUGGAACAAAAAUUUAACCGCCAACAUUUUAUUACCAUUCAAGGGACGAGACUUAUCAUCACUGCUACUUUAUAAUUAACUUGAUUUGUUAAUCUAUUAUAAUAAUUGACACUUAAUUUCAAGCAUUUCUCCAUCUAUUACAAUUUAGAAUCUCGUCAGUAUUACUAAUCAACUGUAAACAUAGAGAACUACGAGAAAAGGAGGUAAUCAAGUCACCUGGGCUUCUAUCAGUCUAUCAACAAAUCAUAACUUGGAUAUCAAGGAGAGAGAGAGAUUGACCUCAAGAUUGAUCUCAUCUUCGCUUCAAUAAUCAAACUCAUUGUCAAAUUGUGAUGGACUGAAAAUCACAGGAAACCAGAAAGAGAGAAAAACUAAUUUCUUUUCGAUUACUGUUUUAAAUAGUCCAUCGAAAAGCAUAUGGUAAAUGAUGAUCCAAAUCAUUUAAUAGACUAUUUUCCCGAUAAUGAUGAGCCUCUAUUGUUUAUCAGUCGAUUCUCAUACAUUAAGGAUUCCAUCAAAUGGUCACAAUCAUCUGUACUAAUCAAGCAUUGUCAUCAAACCAUCAUCAUCACACCCACAUUUAGAUUUACAAAACAACAACAAAGACCAUGAAACAAUGAUGAUCAUCAAUUAUGGAAUCAACAACAAAGAAGAUAAAAAGACACAUGAAGAGAAACAAAAUCUAAUCAUUAAAAAUGGAUAGAAAUGAUUCUCGAAUUGUGAUAACAUGAGAGAAAAGAUUUAAUCAUAAUUGAUUUUGUCUAAUUACACUUCUUACGACUUGAUUGUGCCUUUUAUCCACAUUUAAUCACACACACCAAUCUACACAUUCUCACACUGAUAUGACCUUCUCUCCUUUUUAUUUAUUAACCUUUUCUAUUAUGUUGGUUACCUAUACCAAAGGUCAUUUGGAAAACAAAACCCAUUAGAUUAAUCAUCAGGAAAAGUAAACAUAAAAUCACCAAGAAAAUGAUUGUGAAAAUCUCCAAAUGCAAUUGCUGUUUCAUCAACCACUGAUUUUGGAUAAUCAAAAACAAGUAAUCACCAUUUUAAUGAGCUAAUUCAAAUUAUAUUGGAUAGAAAUAUUUUUCAUUACAAUCAAAUGAACAGAGGAAAACCAAUAAUGAAUCAACAAAGAAACACAGUGGCCUCUCAAUUUAACAAGACAGAAAUUAACUUUACAACAAUUAACCUUUAACCAACUCUAUCGAUAAGCCAAUGAUUGUGUUUAUUUUACCUUUGGAACCAACAAUUUAUCACCAACCUUUGAACCAGCGGAUGAUGAUGAUGAUACUCAAUCUAUAACCUUGAUGAUCAAGUUAAUUCAUUAACUUAACUGUUUAUCUUUUCAUGUCUUUUUUUUAUCUUCUCAAUUGAUUCUCUCAUCCAAAAAAGAUGAUGAUGAAGAUGAUGAAGUAAAAGUCUCAGUCCUCAGAGGCACUAAGGUUGAUUAGAUGGUUUCUUUUGAUUUCUAAUGUACAAGAUUUGUCAAGAAAACGAUAACACGUUCACUCGUUAUUAUAUUUAAGGUAAAUAAAUAACAUGUUCAUCUUCA